ACGUGCUAUAAUAGAAUGACUGUUUGGUGUUCUAAAAAUGCGCUUUCGCUGCCUGGACAGAUCAGGGGGGGAUCUCCAAUUCAGUCCUGAAAAAGCUAUUAAAAUCAUAGUGGCAUGUUGCUGUCUACACAACAUGGCACAGGAGCAUGGGAUGUUGAACGACUUACUUCCAACACCACAGCCCCCAGGUGAAAUCUUUGAGCCUGAUGUAAUUAAUCAUCCCCAACCCCUCAAUGCCCAUUUGGAGAGAUCUGCAACUAUUCAAGAUUUCUUUUCAGAUUGAAGAUUCUCAGAAAUGGAAUACCACUCCCCUCCCUCUCUCCUCAUCCCUAUAUUUACCACAUUUUCCCUAAAUAAAUGUAUACUUUACUCAAA